AUGGUGAACUCCAGCCGCGUGCAGCCGCAGCAGCCCGGGGACCCGAAGCGGCCGCCCGCAGCCCGAGCGGCCGGCCCCGGCCGGCUGAUGACGGGCGGCGCGGCCGUGGGCGCCGGCCUCGCCGCUCCGGGCGGCCUCCGCGAGCAGAGGGGCCUGGAGAUCGAGAUGGAGCGUAUCCGGCAGGCGGCCGCGCGGGACCCCCCGGCCGGAGCCUCGGCCUCUCCCUCCCCGCCGCUCUCGUCGUGCUCGCGGCAGGCAUGGAGCCGUGACAACCCAGGCUUCGAGGCCGAGGAGGAGGAGGAGGAAGAGGAGGUGGAAGGCGAGGAAGGAGGAAUGGUGGUGGAGAUGGACGUGGAGUGGCGCCCGGGCAGCCGGAGGUCCGCCGCCUCCUCGUCCGUGAGCUCCGUGGGCGCCCGGGGCCGGGGGCUGGGGGGCUACCACGGCACCGGCCACCCAAGCGGGAGGCGGCGCCGGAGAGAGGACCAGGGCCCGCCGAGCCCCAGCCCGGCCGGCGGCGGGGACCCGCUUCAUCGCCACCUCCCCCUGGACGGGCAGCCGCCGCGAGUGGCCUGGGCCGAGAGGCUGGUUCGCGGGCUGCGAGGUCUCUGGGGAACAAGACUCAUGGAAGAAAGCAACACUAACCGUGAGAAGUAUCUUAAAAGUGUUUUACGGGAACUGGCCACAUACCUCCUUUUUCUCAUAGUCUUAUGCAUUUUGACCUAUGGGAUGAUGAGUUCCAGUGUGUACUACUACACCCGGAUAAUGUCACAACUCUUCUUGGACACCCCAGUGUCCAAAACAGAGAAAACAAACUUUAAAACUCUUUCUUCAAUGGAAGACUUCUGGAAGUUCACAGAAGGUGCCUUAUUGGAUGGGCUUUACUGGAAGACACAACCCAGCAACAAUACUGACGCCGACAACCGAAGCUUCAUCUACUACGAAAACCUCCUAUUAGGCGUACCACGUAUACGGCAGCUCAAAGUCAGGAACGGGUCCUGUUCUAUCCCUCAGGACUUGAGAGAUGAGAUUAAAGAGUGCUAUGAUGUCUACUCUGUCAGUAGUGAAGACAGGGCUCCAUUCGGUCCAAGAAAUGGAACGGCUUGGAUAUAUACAAGUGAAGAAGACUUGAAUGGGAGUAGCCACUGGGGAAUGAUUGCAACCUAUAGUGGAGCUGGCUAUUACCUGGAUUUGUCAAGAACAAGAGAGGAGACAGCUGCUCAGGUCGCUAGCCUCAAGAACAAUGUCUGGCUGGACCGAGGAACCAGGGCAACUUUUAUUGACUUUUCAGUAUACAACGCCAACAUUAACCUGUUCUGUGUGAUCAGGUUAUUGGUUGAAUUUCCAGCAACAGGCGGUGUGAUUCCAUCUUGGCAAUUUCAGCCUGUAAAGCUGAUCCGCUAUGUCACGACUUUUGAUUUCUUCCUGGCAGCCUGUGAGAUUAUCUUUUGUUUUUUUAUCUUUUACUAUGUGGUGGAAGAGAUACUGGAAAUUCGCAUUCACAAGCUACACUAUUUCAGAAGUUUCUGGAAUUGUCUGGAUGUUGUGAUUGUUGUGCUGUCAGUGGUAGCUAUAGGAAUUAACAUAUAUAGAACAUCAAAUGUGGAGGUGCUACUACAGUUUCUAGAAGAUCAAAAUACUUUUCCCAACUUUGAACAUCUGGCAUACUGGCAAAUACAGUUCAACAAUAUAGCUGCUGUCAUAGUAUUUUUUGUCUGGAUUAAGCUCUUCAAAUUCAUCAACUUUAACAGGACCAUGAGUCAGCUCUCCACAACCAUGUCUCGAUGUGCCAAAGACCUCUUUGGCUUUGCAAUUAUGUUCUUCAUCAUCUUCUUAGCAUAUGCUCAGUUGGCCUACCUUGUCUUUGGCACUCAGGUUGAUGACUUCAGUACCUUCCAAGAGUGUAUCUUCACUCAAUUCCGUAUCAUUUUGGGUGAUAUCAACUUCGCAGAGAUUGAGGAAGCUAAUCGAGUUUUGGGACCAAUUUAUUUCACUACAUUUGUGUUCUUUAUGUUCUUCAUUCUUUUGAAUAUGUUUUUGGCCAUCAUCAAUGAUACUUACUCCGAAGUUAAAUCUGAUUUGGCCCCGAAAGCUGAAAUGGAACUCUCAGAUCUUAUCAGAAAGGGCUACCAUAAAGCCUUGGUCAAACUAAAACUGAAAAAAAAUACCGUGGAUGACAUUUCUGAGAGUCUGAGGCAAGGCGGAGGCAAGUUAAACUUUGAUGAACUUCGACAAGAUCUCAAAGGGAAGGGCCAUACUGAUGCAGAGAUUGAGGCAAUAUUCACAAAAUAUGACCAAGAUGGAGAUCAAGAACUGACCGAACAUGAACAUCAACAGAUGAGAGACGACUUGGAAAAAGAGAGGGAGGAUCUGGAUCUGGAUCACAGCUCUUUACCACGUCCCAUGAGCAGCCGAAGUUUCCCAAGAAGCCUGGAUGACUCUGAGGAGGAUGAUGAUGAAGACAGUGGGCAUAGUUCCAGAAGGAGGGGAAGCAUCUCCAGUGGGGUUUCUUAUGAAGAGUUUCAAGUCCUGGUGAGACGAGUGGACCGAAUGGAGCAUUCCAUCGGCAGCAUCGUGUCCAAGAUUGAUGCUGUGAUCGUGAAGCUGGAGAUCAUGGAGCGGGCCAAACUGAAGAGAAGGGAGGUUCUGGGAAGGCUUCUGGAUGGGGUGGCAGAGGAUGAAAGACUGGGUCGUGACAGUGAAAUCCACAGGGAGCAGAUGGAACGACUAGUGCGGGAAGAGUUGGAACGCUGGGAGUCUGACGAUGCAGCUUCCCAGAUAAGUCAUGGUUUAGGCACGCCGGUGGGACUGAAUGGUCAGCCGCGCCCCAGAAGCUCCCGCCCUUCUUCCUCCCAGUCUGCAGACGGAAUAGAAGGCGCAGGUGCAAAUGGGAGUUCCAAUAUCCAAGUCUAAGAUGUGUGUUAGUGUGUGUUCCUAAUAGGGGAGAAAGGGCUGUCCUGAAUGGCCAGAGCAAGUACACUAUUUAUAUGCCCUGACCACCAUAUGAUGCUGGUCUUUGUGACCAAAUGUUAAUUCUUCUGCACUUUAAUUUAUUUUAGAUAAACUUUGCCCAUGGAUCAAAGAAGAUUUUUUUUUUCUCAUAUAAGAAACCUAGGUGUAAAUAUUGAGUACAGAAAAAAAAAAUCUUUGUAAAGUACAUGGAGUGGUCUGGCCACUUGCUACCAUGGAUGAGUCUUCUCAGUGGACAACAAUGUAGCCUUUAAAGCUAGGAGAGAAUUGUCAAAAGCCUUCUGAGUUUUAUUUCCAGUCACAAAAAUCAGUAUUGUCACUUUUGCCCAGUGCGUGAAGGGAAAGUAGGGGCAUUCUUUCCCACUCGGGCUUGGUUUAUGGACGUAAAACAUAGCUUGCUUUAAAGAAAGGAACCCUUUGUUUCAACUACCUUCCUGGGGCAAACAUUUCCAAAAGAUGAGCUGGAAAAGAACUAUGAACCAUGGAAUGGGUAUGUAGUCAUUAUGCUAGAAUGUGUAUGAAUGGUGAAGAUACAUGUUGAAUACUGUGCUUUUUUAUCAUUGUAUUAUAUAGUUCAUGUCCGUGGGAAUAACUGUUUCAUUUAUUCAUACUGUUUUCACUCUCAUUUAAAAUGAGCUGUGUGAUGGGGCGCCUGGGUGGCGCAGUCGGUUAAGCGUCCGACUUCAGCCAG